CGUUGUCACCGGUGCGGAGGGGAGGGAGCUUAGUCGACGGAGGCCGAUACUCAGAAGAGGGGCGGUUAAGGGUAGCGGCCGUGGUUGGGAGGGGGCUCAGGGGAUGCAGGUCGUCGACUCGAUUUACACACGCGCGCGCGCGCACGCAAUCGUACCGCCGCCUCUGUAAACGCGAGCGCGGCCGAGGCCAGUGUUGUCGUGUAGUACGCGUACUACGCACUGCCGUCGCACGGUCAAACGUCGAGCGCUGUCCAUCCGCCCCCGACCGCGAGGCAUCGUCAGCGAUCCUCUGCCAUGUCGUCAGCAGCCGCGUCUGCUGCAGCCGACGAUGACGACGAGCGUCAACGGCAGCCGUUGCCCGCGGACCCGGACUGGUUGUCGGGUGUCAUCAGCCGGCUGAUCGGCCGGCCACAGGACGCGGUCACGGUGAUUGGUGACCGAACCAUCGCCACGCCCGCGGUGUCCGAUCCGCACAACGUGCUCAGCUCUAUAAUGGCCGUGCACAUCGUAUACACGGUAGACGGUGUCCCGGGCACCGAUUCGCUGGACGUGGUCAUCAAAAGCCUGCCGCAAGAGCCUUAUUCCCGAGCGUUUGUGCUCGAGGCCCAAUUCGACUACAGAGAAGUUCACUUUUACAACACGGUAUUAUUUGAGUUAAGAAACCUAGAAGAAAAUGUGCUAACAAAACAAGGUCGGUCUGCGAUUGGUGACAUGCCAGUAGCCCAGUGUUACUUUGCUGGUAUGAGUGCCAGUGGUAAGGACGAGUCAAUGUUAGUCUUGGAAAACUUAUCCAAACGUGGUUAUACAGCAGCCAACUUCUCCACUGGACUGACAUACACAGAGGCCAAACUCGCUCUUCGUUCUAUAGCUCGAAUCCACGCCACGUCUCUUGCUUUAAAACUUAAGCACGGGCCGCUCACAGAACGUUGGCCGUUCUUAUUUCAAACAUCUCGUGCCACACUUUCUUACCAAGCACUCGUCGAACGGGGAAUGCCACAACUGCACGUUUUCCUACGAUCUAAAGGGCCACAAUACGACACGUUAAUCAAUACGCUUAGAUCUCUAUGUCGUGUCACUAAACAAAUAAUCGGAUCGCUCAUGAUACCUAAAGAACCGAUGGGUUUGAUGACGCACACUGACUUUUGGUGUAACAAUUUAAUGUUUGGAGAACAGGACCAAUGUGUAAUACUAGACUGGCAAAUGAUAUCCUAUAGUAGACCAACAAACGACGUCGCACUUUUGCUAGUAAGUAGUUUGUCCACAGAAACUAGACGAAACCAUUCAAAUGAGUUGGUAGACAUCUACUGGGAAGCUUUAACAACGCAUGCGACUAAGUUGGGAGUAGAUAUAGAAGGACAACUUGAAUACAGUCGAUAUGACUUGGACGAAGACAUGAAGGAAUCAAAGUUACUAGCAGUACUUUUGUGUAUAGGUUCAGUGGACGUUGCUUUAGGCAAUGAAGAAACUGAACAAAGAUUAUUAGACCUGUUGACCGAUCUACAAGCUGAAGAAAUCUUCAACAGACAUUUAACUGAAAUUUCAGCAUAGUAUUUAUUCAAUUUUAUCUUUGUUUAUAAAGUAUUUCUCUUUUCUCAAGUAAUAACUUUAGAGCUUUCACAAUAUGUAAUAUUAUAUAGAGAAAUAUACUUGUUAAUUAUAAAGGUUUUA